AUGGGGAAGGGUAAAGCGAAGGUUGUCCCUCAGGAGAGGAGGGACUUCAGGUCGGAACGGUUUAACAACAGUAACAGGCCGAGAAGGGACUAUGUAGAGCAGUCCGGAUCUACUGGGGCUCAGGCAGUCCAUGCUGUGUUCCGAGAACCUCCUCACAAAAUCCUAGAGAAGGUGAAGUAUGAGCCUUUCUUUCAGUGGCCAAACAAGAUGUCCGGCGACCCUUCGAAGCGUAAUCAGAACCUGUAUUGCGCAUACCAUCAGGAGCCCGGUCACACUACUGAUGAUUGCAGGAACCUGAAGAAUUAUUUAGACCGGCUCGUCCGAGAAGGGAAGCUGAAACAUCUGUUGCAUCACUCUGAAGGAUGGCAAGAACCAUCAAACAACGAAACCAGACAAAGUGCGUUGAGGCCGCCCAUUGGCACAAUUAACGUCAUUCUCGCCGCACCUGGAAGGACAGGCCCUGUCCCCUUCAGGGUAAUGUCAGUGAGCAAUCUCCCGACUAAGCCAGAUGAAAGGGAACCCAAGAGGGUUAGAGUGGGCGCCACGCCAUUGAUUGGGUUCACGGACGAAGACAAACAAGGGACUAUCCAACCCCAUGACGAUGCCUUGGUCGUGACGCUCAGGAUAGGAGGUUAUGAAUUCAAAAGGGUGUUAGUUGAUCAGGGCAGUGCAGUGGAGAUAAUGUACCCUGAUUUGUAUAAGGGAAUGAACUUGAAGCAGGCAGACCUGUUACCAUACGAUUCCCCCCUGCUUAGCUUUGAAGGAAAAGUAGUCAUCCCGAAAGGCAUGAUUAGGUUGCCUGUGCAGACAGACUCGGAGGUGGUAGAAGUAAACUUCAUUGUCGUAGAUGCCUACUCCCCUUACACAGCCAUCGUGGCCCGGCCAUGGCUUCAUACUCUAGGGGAUGUGUCGUCGACCUUGCACCAAAGGGUGAAAUAUCCGUCAGGAGGUCAGAUCAAAGAGAUAAUAGGGGACCAGGGAGUUGCUAGGCAAUGCAUGGUGUCGGCAAUCUUGCGGCAGCAAAAUCGCAUAACUUCCCCGCUGACCGAGAGUGGCUUAUAG